AUGAGAGCUCGCGACCUCUAUUUGAGGGACCAGGCUCAUCUUCGCAAGCGAUGUGGCUCUCACCUCCAGGCUCGCGGCCACGAGACGCGGGCCUCUGAGCGUCGCAAGGCCCUCGUUGACAAGCUCCGAGCGGAGCGCGGUAUCCACGCCGACACCCCUUACUAUGGGAAGCGCAGCCUCGUUUCGGUUCUUGCCACGGAUCAUAACGAGACGCUUGUGGACCCCGACGUCGAUCUCAGCACUUCCCAAGAUGCCGUGUUCGGGGACAACACUUCUUGUCUCCUCUGGCCUUCCAUCGAGCCACUGGCUGAAGGACCUUACUACGUCCGUGAUGAGUUGAUUCGCCAGAAUGGCAUCGAGGGUCUCCCCGGCAUCAAUAUGACACUUGAUGUCCAGAUCAUCGACACCAGCACUUGUGAGCCGGUUGCGAACCAGUACACGGAAUUCUGGCAAGCCAACGCGACCGGCGUGUACAGCGGGACUGACAACACCGACAACGGUGACGGCACCGACCCCAGCAUCCUGAACACCACCUUCUCCCGCGCUAUCUGGCCGACGGAUGAUGAGGGUGUCGUCCAAGUUGACCUGCUGUUCCCGGGCCACUACGCCCCCCGUGCUACCCACACGCACAUCAUCGUUCACCAGAACACCACCGUCCUGGCCAACGGCACUCUCGAGUGGGGCGCCGGAACUUUGGACUACGUUGGUCAGAUCUUUUAUGACCAGGAUUUGAUCGAUGAGGCUGAUACCGUCUAUCCUUACACCGAGAACCCGAACGUGAUCAAGCCCAACAGUGAGGACAUGGUGAUUUCGACUCUUGCUGCUGACGUUGACCCCGUGGCGUGGUACGUGUACCUCGGCGACUCCCUGGCCGAUGGUAUUGUCGCGUGGGUCACCAUUGGUAUUGACACCAGCGCGGUCUACGAUGUGGAGUAUGCUGCCACUUGGACCGCCGAUGGUGGUGUCGAGAACCCAGAUGCGCCUCAGCCUUAA